UUCAGAGGCUCGUUUUGGCAUCGGCGGCAACGCUCAGACAGCCUGGGAAGUCAUACACAAUGGCAGCAAAGAAAGUCUGCAUUAUUGGCUCUGGCAACUGGGGCUCUGCCAUUGCCAAGAUUGUUGGUAGCAAUGCAGCGAAGAACCCAAAGUUUGACAACACGGUGAACAUGUGGGUGUUUGAAGAAAUGAUCAACGGACGCAAGCUGACAGAGAUCAUCAACACUGAACAUGAGAAUGUCAAAUACUUACCAGGACGCAAGCUGCCCCCCAAUGUGUUGGCUGUUCCAGAGCUGCUGGAUGCUGUAAAAGGAGCAGACAUUCUCAUUUUUGUGAUCCCACACCAGUUUGUUGGAAGAGUCUGUGACACUAUCAAAGGCCACAUCAAACCAGACGCAGUAGGGAUGUCCUUGAUCAAAGGUGUGGAUGAGGGACCUGAAGGGUUGAAGCUUAUCUCUGAGGUUAUCAGAGAGAAAAUUGGCAUCACCAUGACAGUGCUGAUGGGAGCCAAUUUAGCCAAUGAGGUGGCAGAUGAAAAAUUCUGUGAAACUACCAUUGGCUGUAAAAGCAAGGAACAUGGUCCUGUGCUAAAAGAGCUAAUGCAGACCAUCAACUUCCGUGUCACAGUAGUGGAGGAGGCUGAUGUUGUGGAGAUCUGUGGAGCCUUGAAGAACAUUGUGGCCGUGGGCGCGGGAUUCUGUGAUGGUUUGAGCUACGGCGACAACACUAAGGCGGCUGUGAUCCGACUGGGUCUGAUGGAGAUGAUCGCCUUCGCACGCUUAUUCUGCACAGCCAGCCCCGUCUCACCUACCACGUUUCUGGAGAGCUGUGGAGUGGCUGACCUCAUCACGACCUGCUACGGAGGACGAAACCGCAAAAUCGGCGAGGCUUUUGCAAAAACUGGAAAGAGCAUUGAACAGCUGGAGAAGGAAAUGUUGAAUGGACAGAAGCUUCAGGGUCCAGCUACUGCAGCUGAAGUUCACCAGAUCCUCAAACACAAAAAUAUGGUUGACAAGUUCCCUCUGUUCAAUGCAGUGUAUCAAAUCUGUUUCCAAGGACACCCGGUGAAAGAGUUCAUCAGCUGUUUGCAGAAUCAUCCAGAACAUAUGUAACUGACUGAUCAGCAUGAUAUAAGGGUUUCCAGUUGGGAACGUAAGACGUCAAGAGUAUUGAUAGAGAGAAAUGGGUGAAGCACUCUUCUCGUUGUGCCUGCUUUUCUAAACAAUACAUUUUAAAAAAAAGGACAACCAAAUGUCUCUCACGUGAACUUCAGUAAAGAGCCUCCGUUGCUACAUUAUUAUGUCUCGUUAGGGCUCAUCUUGAUAUGGACGCACUAACACAGGACUUUUUUCUGCUUUUUUUUUAACAACUCUUUUAUGUUAUUUUUACAGUUUAUCUGUAGCACUUCCAUCCAGCACCAUGUCAUCUCCAUACUGUAACACGUUCAUCAUGCUUUGCACACCUACAUUCAGGCCUCUCAGAAGAAAAAGUCAAAAGUAUUGUUUCAAUUCUGUUAAAUGACCCCAGUCUUAAAUCAGAAGUGCUUUUUGUAAGUUAUCUUUGUCAUUGUCAACAGUAUUACAAUCUGACAACACAGGGAAAAAAGUGCCUUAAAAUGCCUUUGACCUAGCAAUUUGUGAAUUCCUGUUCCUGUUUUGCACAUUGUUUUGUUUUCGGAUUAACAGAGAACCUUUAAAUAAACAUCAGGCUAACAGUGUCCCACGGCUACAGCACAACUUGUCAUUUCACAGGGCCAUCAGGCUCUGGAUCUGAAUGUUUGUUUGUCUGAAAAUACAAAGUUGUGAGACCAUUUAAUUUUGAAAUAAAAUGAACUUGUAUUUCCACA